UCUAUAGUACAAACCAUAACUGCGUAAAAAGAUCGAAAAGCUCGCUCCUACUUCACCGGUUUUGUCGGACCGUGUCAUAGUUGACUCUACACUCCACUGUCCAAUUUCUCUCAAUUCCAUUCCAGUUCCACAUCUGAAGCAAUACGAAAAAGAGGAAUCUAAUUUUACUGAAAUAGAAUAAUCAAAUUCGCUGGUAUUGCUCUGUCACACUAUCAAAUCGCUGCUAUUCCUCUCCCUUGAUUGGUUUGGCAGAGGCGGCCGUUGAAAGCUGGAUGGGAUGGCUUCCAAGCCGUGGCUUGCUCCGGCCCCCUCUUAUGCAACUUUAGACGCAGCCUGGGAUACCGAUGAAGACGCCCCCGGCCCACGCUGCGCCCACACCCUCACCGCCGUCGCCGCCACCAAAACGCACGGCCCCCGCCUCAUCCUUUUCGGCGGCGCCACCGCUAUUGAAGGCAGCAAUGGUGGUCCCGGCAUCCGCCUUGCCGGUGUAACCAACGCUAUUCAUUCUUAUGACGUCCUCACCAGAAAAUGGUCCAGACUGCGACCAGCUGGAGAGCCGCCUUCGCCAAGGGCUGCACAUGCAGCUGCAGCAGUUGGAACUAUGGUUGUAUUUCAGUGUGGCAUAGGACCUGCUGGCCAUUCAACUGAUGAUCUAUACGUUCUAGACCUGACAAAUGACAAAUUAAAAUGGCACAGAGUUGUAGUUCAAGGCCAGGGUCCUGGGCCACGAUACGGCCAUGUUAUGGAUUUGGUCGCUCAAAGAUAUCUUGUUACAUUUGGUGGAAAUGAUGGGAAAAGAGUUCUUUCAGAUGCUUGGGCCUUGGAUACUGCUCAGAAACCAUAUGUCUGGCAAAAGCUAAAUCCAGAAGGUGAUAGGCCCUCUGGCAGAAUGUAUGCAACAGCUAGUGCACGUUCAGAUGGAAUGUUUUUGCUUUGUGGUGGAAGAGAUACUUCUGGCACACCAAUGGCUGAUGCUUAUGGACUACUUAUGCAUAGAAAUGGCCAAUGGGAGUGGACUCUUGCUCCUGGGGUAGCACCUUCACCAAGGUAUCAACAUGCUGCGGUAUUUGUUGGUGCAAGAUUACAUGUUACUGGAGGUGUACUUAGAGGCGGUCGUGCUGUAGAAGGUGAAGGAACUAUAGCAGUACUGGAUACAGCUGCUGGAGUUUGGUUAGAUAGAAAUGGGCUGGUAACUUCUUCACGAAACAAUAAGGGGCAAACAGAGCAUGAUCCUUCAUUAGAGCUUCUACGUCGCUGCCGCCAUGCAGUUGCAUCUGUUGGUGUUCGGAUAUAUCUUUAUGGUGGCCUCAGGGGAGAUACACUACUAGAUGAUUUCCUGGUUGCAGAAAAUUCUCCGUUGCAAUCAGAAUUAAAUUCCCCAGCAUUAACAUCUGAGCGAGCACCAGCGGGGACUCCUAGCAUGGACAGAAAGUCUAUGGAAAAACUAGCUGAGGCUUCUGCCGCUGAAGCUGAGGCUGCAAAUGCUGUCUGGCAAGCAGCACAGGCUGCGUCCCCUUCUUCUGAAGAAACCUCUGCAUCUAAUGACAAUUUCCAACCUACAGAAGCCACUUCAGAUGGCAGUGACAGUGAAGUGGAUGUCCGCCUUCAUCCCAGAGCUGUUGUAGUUGCAAAAGAAGCUGUUGGUAACCUCGGAGGGAUGGUAAGGCAGCUGUCCUUGGAUCAAUUUGAAAAUGAGAGUCGGCGAAUGCUUCCAUCUCAAAAUGAUCUCUCGAAUCCGACAAAAAAAAUUUCUAGGCAAAAAUCUCCCCAGGGGUUGCAUAAGAAGAUCAUAUCCACUUUACUCAUGCCCCGGAACUGGAAAGCUCCCGUCAACAGAAAGUUCUUUCUUGAUUCAUAUGAAGUGGGCGAGUUAUGUUAUGCUGCUGAGCAGAUCUUCAUGCAUGAGCCCACUGUUCUACAACUGAAAGCUCCUAUUAAAGUGUUUGGUGAUCUCCAUGGACAGUUCGGUGAUUUAAUGAGACUGUUCGAUGAAUAUGGGUUUCCGUCCACUGCAGGAGACAUAACUUACAUUGACUAUUUAUUUCUCGGUGAUUAUGUUGAUCGAGGACAGCACAGCUUGGAGACAAUCACUUUGCUUCUAGCUCUAAAAAUUGAAUAUCCUGAGAGUGUUCAUUUGAUACGAGGCAACCAUGAGGCUGCAGACAUCAAUGCACUUUUUGGUUUUCGUAUUGAAUGCAUUGAAAGGAUGGGAGAGAGUGAUGGAAUCUGGGCUUGGACGCGUUUCAACCAACUGUUUAACUACCUCCCACUUGCUGCACUUAUUGAAAAGAAAAUCAUUUGUAUGCAUGGUGGUAUAGGGAGGUCAAUAAAUUCAGUUGAGCAAAUUGAAAAAAUUGAAAGGCCAAUAACAAUGGAUGCUGGUUCCAUAGUGCUAAUGGAUUUACUAUGGUCUGAUCCCACAGAAAAUGAUAGUGUAGAAGGAUUAAGACCAAAUGCGAGAGGGCCUGGUCUUGUGACCUUUGGACCUGAUCGUGUUACUGAUUUUUGUAAGAGGAAUAAACUGCAAUUAAUAAUUAGAGCACACGAGUGUGUUAUGGAUGGAUUUGAACGCUUUGCCCAAGGGCAGUUGAUCACACUGUUUUCUGCUACUAACUAUUGUGGAACUGCCAACAAUGCUGGUGCAAUACUUGUAGUGGGACGAGGGCUGGUCAUAGUUCCUAAAUUGAUUCAUCCGUUGCCUCCACCUUUUCUGUCCCCGGAAACAUCUCCUGAACGAAUUACUGAUGAGACAUGGAUGCAGGAACUAAACAUUCAAAGACCGCCUACUCCCACCCGUGGUCGUCCACAGCCAGACCUAGACCGUAACUCACUCGCUUAUAUUUAACUGGGCGUUUUAAUCAACACAAAUUCUACUGUUGUGAAUGGUCAAUCCUUGCGGUUUCAAGGGGUAUAGUGGAACUGGGCAUACACUACGAACAAGUAAAGGGAUUCUUUCAAGUGUUGAGAAUAGCAAUUGAGUAGACAUGCAUGGCUUCUGCAUUGUGUAACAUAGCUGGUCUAGAUGCAGAACUUGGCUGCUACGAUCCUGAUGCCUACAAUUAGUUGGGAAGAUUGUAACAUUGAGCUGUGUAUUAUGUAUUGUUAAAAGAAAAUGCCGAGUAGGUUUUACUUUUUCACACUGAUUGGUUUGUAUUGUUAAACAGAUAGAGUAUAUUAUAUGCACAGAGAUGAAUAGCGCCAUUGGAUUCAGAGUCUGGUAAAUUUUGAAAGAUGUAAUGUAAUCGUAUAUCCUGUUGCUGUCCAAACUAAAAUUUCAGA